AUUAUCGGUUUAUUUUACGUUAUAGAGUUCUUGGCGAAAUGAAUCGAAUUGGUGCUAUCUCUCGUACUUUCCCAAAAUCAUUUUUGACCAACGUUCUAAUUCAUGCUCGCUCGCCUUGCGUCGGCCAAUCUUUGUGCGUUGGCGCACGUUCUUAUUCCAGUAAUCAUGAAACUGAAUCUUUUGAAGCGUUUACUGAACGAUAUGUGAAAUUUUUUGACGGAGUUGACGAUCAGUUUGAAUUGAAAAGAGGCCUUAACAACUGUUUUGCUUAUGACUUAGUGCCGGCGCCAUCGGUCAUUGAAGCAUCCCUUAGAGCCGCCAGACGUGUAAAUGAUUUUUCUACUGCUGUUCGAAUUUUUGAAGGUGUCAAACAAAAGGUUGAAAAUUCUAGUCAAUAUAACCUGUAUUUGGAGGAAUUGAAACCUAUCAAGGAUGAAUUGGGAAUAUUAACUAAAGAAGAGCUGGGUUUCUAG